UUGGGAGAAAAGGGUCUUCUACUAGGCCAGAGUCGGGCCCUCUCGUCGCUAUGGAGACAGACGAGAAGGGUGUUAUGCUACGCAGUGAGGUCACAGGGGGAGGGAGUGGGACACGUAGGCGCGGGACGAGGGCGUCAUCGGCAGCGGCCGCUCACGGGCUCUGCUUCUAAGCGCGAGAAGAAGAGGAGUGGAAGCGAGUAAGAGGUGCGCGUGCUCGCUCUGACAGGGUUAGUCCCCCGGAAUACUGGGCGCGACGAGAAUAGAAAGGCACGCUCCGGGGCUUCAGCAGAGAGGCGCGCGCGCGCCUGCUCGGGCGCGAGGAAGUGUCCCCACUUUGCCGGGGACUAAGCCGGGGCAGGCAGGAGACGAGAGGAAGGGGGAGAGAGACGCAGCCAAUUGGGAGGUGGGACCGAGGAGGCCUCCCACCAAUCGGGUAAGGCAGAGAAGAGAACCCUGCCAGCCAGGGGAGUGCUGGGGAGGCCUCCCCGCCAAUCCGAGGAGCGAAAGCCAAAGCCGGAGCAGCGCGCCAAUCGCGGGCCAGCCAGCACCAGAGAGCGCGGAGUCGGGGAUGUCCUACAAGCCCAUCGCGCCUGCCCCCACCAGCUCCGGAGCCGCCGGCACCAGCAGCAGUAGCAGCGCCAGCCCCGCCCCCGGAGCCCCGCCGGUUGCCACGAGUGUCCCAUCUCCAUCUGGAUCUGUCCCUGGAGCUUCUGCCCCCUUCCGACCUCUCUUCAACGAUUUUGGGCCCCCAUCGAUGGGUUACGUGCAGGCUAUGAAGCCACCAGGUGCCCAAGGCUCCCAGAGCACAUACACAGAUUUACUUUCCGUCAUUGAGGAGAUGGGCAAGGAAAUCCGACCUACCUAUGCAGGCAGCAAGAGUGCUAUGGAGCGGCUGAAACGAGGGAUAAUUCAUGCCCGGGCGCUGGUAAGAGAGUGUCUGGCAGAGACAGAGCGCAAUGCCCGUACGUAACAGUCGCUUGCUCCUGGCGCCAUUUGUGGAGGACCUGGCAUUUUCUGGCCAAUCAGCAUUGGAAUCUGGAGAUUUCCCCUGCCCCUUCAAAUCUUUCCACCAAUCAGUGUCUCAAGUCCUGGAACUGCAAUCGCCUUCAAAGACCUUUAUACCAAUUGACACCUAAUAAUCUGAAGCUUCUUCUGCUGCAUCACAGAACUUCCCACCAAUCUGAGAAUAGAUGCAGAAAAGUUUGCUGCUCACAUCUGGUCAACUGAUGAGAAUAAUGGCUGAUAGCAAGUCCUAUGUCUUUAUAAAAUGAGAGGGUUUUUUUAUAAAUAAAAGGAAAGUGUUGGAAUUUGGAAUAUCUAUUCUUGGCUGUGGUUUUCUAAUUUUUCCCAUGUGGUGGUGAAGGAAAUAGUCUCUUCCUCACUAAGACAUUAUUGAGGGCCUGUAUUGCAAGAUGUGCUUCUGCAGUAAAGCAGCACAAGGCCCUCCCUGCCACUUGUAAAGGAAGCCUCGGCUAGCAGUCACUGAGCCUGUAUUGGAAAACUUGUAAUAAAAUAUUUCUACUCCUGUAUAA